UUAUUACAGUAAUCUUACUUGGUAUUGAGUCAGCUCAAUAGAUACAGUAUGUAGUCUUUGUAUUACAGUUAAUAAACAGAAAAUCUGGGUUCUGUCACCCACAGUGAUGGAAAAGUCUCAACAUAAGACGAUCCCAAUAAUGUAUCACCAGCUGUAUUUUCAUCACUAAGUUGCAAUUUCACAUUCACUGAACUGACUAAAGUGCCUCAGUCUCAGUGACACAGCGAGCUGAAAAUGGAAAACCAAUUACACACAUCAGUCCCCGCUUGGUAUCUGCUUGGCCUCAUCUCAGCACGUGUGUCUUUAUUCUUCAUCCGGCAGGUGACCGGUUGGCUGACUCCACCAUCACACUCGCGUUGGCCCUUGAACUCCUCUCUCACGCGACCACGCCCCUUUCCUUCACAUCCAAUCCCGACAUGGAGCCCAUCAAGGUCCAAUCAGAAGGUGGACUGAAUGUGACCCUCACCAUCAGGCUGCUGAUGCACGGCAAGGAGGUUGGAAGCAUCAUAGGAAAGAAAGGAGAAACGGUGAAGAAAAUGCGCGAAGAUAGUGGUGCCCGUAUUAACAUUUCAGAAGGGAACUGCCCUGAACGAAUAGUCACCAUCACCGGGCCAACAGAUGCUAUUUUCAAGGCCUUUGCCAUGAUAGCCUACAAGUUCGAGGAGGAUAUAAUCAACUCCAUGAGCAACAGUCCAGCCACCAGUAAACCCCCUGUAACCCUGAGGCUUGUUGUCCCGGCCAGCCAGUGCGGCUCCCUCAUUGGCAAAGGAGGCUCCAAAAUCAAAGAAAUGAGAGAGUCCACAGGAGCUCAGGUCCAGGUCGCAGGUGACAUGCUUCCCAACUCCACCGAGAGAGCAGUGACGAUCUCAGGGGCCCCAGAGGCCAUCAUCCAGUGUGUCAAACAGAUAUGUGUGGUGAUGCUUGAGUCCCCACCGAAAGGUGCCACAAUCCCCUACCGCCCCAAGCCUGCCUCCACCCCUGUCAUUUUUUCAGGUGGCCAGGUAAGAGCAGACCCACUGGGGGCGUCCACAGCCAACCUCAGCCUCUUACUGCAGCACCAGCCACUGCCUGCUUAUACCAUUCAAGGACAGUACGCCAUCCCACAUCCAGAUUUGAGCAAGCUCCACCAGUUGGCUAUGCAGCAAACCCCCUUUACCCCCCUCGGACAGACCACCCCUGCCUUCCCCGGUCUGGAUGCCAGUAACCAGGCCAGUACUCAUGAACUCACCAUUCCCAAUGAUCUAAUAGGCUGCAUAAUCGGACGCCAGGGAACCAAAAUCAACGAGAUCCGUCAGAUGUCUGGGGCGCAGAUCAAAAUUGCUAACGCUAUGGAAGGGUCAUCGGAGCGCCAGAUCACCAUCACAGGGACCCCCGCCAACAUCAGCCUGGCCCAGUACCUCAUCAAUGCAAGGUUCAGAGACGUGGCGGCCAUGUGGAACGACCCAUCUUCCAUGACCACAUCCUGAGAUCCCUGACUGGCUCCUC